UAACUGUAGGAAACUUAUUUUAUUUCUACCUUUAAUUGCUUUUCUUUAUUGAUAGGAGACAGUUCUAAGAAGAAAACGGAAUUUUAUUCUUCGCUGAACCCCGCUAUAAAGUAGAAAAUAAAGUUAAAUAACAUUUCUAACAAUUGUGUAGAAUAUUGGAAAAUGACGACGGAAAGCAGUUUGAGUUUAGAUUUAACAACACGAAAUACCACAAAUAACGAGACAUAUUUUGAUGUCCUCUCUCAUCCCGUUUAUAGGACCGUUAUAUACUCAUUGACAUUUGCCUACUCUUUGGUAUUUCUCUGUGCACUAUUUGGAAACUUAAUGGUAGUUUUGGUAGUUUAUAGAAAUGCUUCAAUGCACAAUGCUACAAACUACUUCAUAGUUAACCUGGCUAUAGCGGACAUUCUGGUGGCAUUGUUUUGUGUUCCUUUAACUCUUCUGGACAACUUAUAUCCAGGUUGGCCUUUCGGACCUGUGCUGUGUAAAGUGACACCGUAUUUACAAGGUGUUUCAGUGUGUGCCUCUGUGAAUACUUUGGCAGCAAUAGCUGUUGACAGAUACCUUGCAAUUUGUCGUUCAUUUGAGUUCAAACUGACAGCCCGGAAGAUAAAACACAUAAUAAUUAUCAUCUGGAUACUUUCAAUGAGUAUAAUGACACCGUGGGCAGUGUUCUACACAACAUUGGACUACAAGGAUUCAAGUGGACAAAUUAUUCCAAUGUGUUAUCCGAUGUGGCCUAGUCCGAAAGCUAUGAAAGCUUAUUUUAUAGGAGCGACGCUUUUGUCUUGCUACAUUAUACCUCUUAUUUUGAUAAUCGUUUGUUAUCUGUUUAUUGGUGUAAAAGUUUGGCGUCGUGACCAACCUGGGGCAAAAAAUGCAAGCGCUUGUGUAAUUUAUAAAUCAAAAGUGAAAGUCGUUAAAAUGCUCGCGGUUGUUGUUAUUAUGUUUGCAUUUUCGUGGAUGCCUUUGUAUGUAGUAAAUUUUGUGAAAAUAAUUUCACCUCAGGACAGCUCAAAAGCAUCAAGUUACCCGGACUAUCUAGAAAAUAUUAUUAUUCCAAUAGCUCAAUGGCUCGGAUCAUCCAACAGUGGAAUGAACCCUAUUAUAUACUGUUUCUUCAGCAAAAAAUUUCGAUAUGGUUUCCGCGAUCUUCUAACAUGUUUUAAGCAUAGACAUGUACUCCACGACAGUUCAACACGAACAUAUAUGUGCGUGAAAUCUCACAUUGAUGAUAUAUCAUCAUCUCCUAUUUCAAAACGAAGUGCCUCUCCUAGACCUGGCAGUACUAGUCCUAGACCACUUGGUCAUAGAAUUGUGUACAACUCAAGAGUCUAAGAUAACACCUGCCAGCAGUUGUAUUAUAUCAAGGUCUAAACUGAUAUAUUUAUUAGAUACCGUGUAGUGAUAGAUUAAUUUUUAAGCCUAUAUUUAUAAUAGUAUUGAAUAAUUGCAACGGACGACGAACUAAACGUCAAACAUAGACAAAAAUAUAAGUUUAUCGAAUGAUAGUAAUGUUAUGUUUUGUACAAACCUAUAGAGUUUGUGGUACCUUUUUGUAUUGUAAAAUCACAUAUGUAUUAAUGAUCGAGAAUAGAGUCUGAUUUUCG